AGAUCGCCAAUUCGCCAUAACUACUAGCUAGAGCUAGCUGAGCUCCCUAAUCAGAAACUCUUAACUAAUUAGAGAAAAAUGAAGGUCGAGGCCAAGAACAGCAGCAGACAUCCUUCUCCUCGCGGUCGCCAUGGAUCAUCACCAUCUCAGUCUCAGGUGGAGGCGUUGAGGGAGAUGGCGAGGGGACAGUCCCUGGUGGCGCAGCUGCGCGCCGUCGUGCUGCCGGCGCUGGUGGACGACGAGCGUGCCGGCGUCGUCGCCCAGAUGUUCCAGAGCGUGCUGGACUGCUCGGCCAAGGCCAUGGCCGCACUCAAGCUCUGUCAGAUUGAGAAUCAAGCUCGAGCUGAUGCUGAUGGGGUGCUAAUGGCGGAUGACAAGAAGAGAUCAGUCAAGAAGGUCGUCGUCGUCUCCGAUGACGGCGAUAAUGCCAAGCCCCAUCGCCAGCGCAAGAGAAGGAGGUUAGCCGAUGAGUGCGUGACACUUGAAACGCCUGUUCCUCACUACGACGGCCACCAGUGGAGGAAGUACGGGCAGAAGGUCAUCAACAACGCAAAGCACCCAAGGAGCUACUACAGGUGCACCUACGGGCAAGAACAAGGCUGCAAAGCAACAAAGACUGUUCAGCAGAAAGACGACAACGGCGCCGGCGCCGUCUACGAAGAUGAUCAAGUCAUGUUCGCCGUCGUCUACUAUGGCCAACACACCUGCAAGCCCCCCAGCAGCAGCGAUACCGACGGCACGGUCGUCGACAGCGACAGCCGAUGCAGCAGCAACAUCUCGGUGACCUGCACUUCGGUUGCCGUCAUCGACCACCAUCGCCAGUCGUCGCUGGAGAGCAGCCUGCUGGACAUGGCUGAAGAAGACUUGGCCACGGAGGAGUAUGACCAGUUGUUCGACGUGGCCGCUUACGAGCCGUUGGAUUCGGACCCGGCUUGGGAGAUGGACGAUGCGCAUGGCCAUGGCCAUGGGAUCCUGAAGUUUGGACACUGGUAAAAGUAAAGUUCAGUAGACACGUCAGGCAAUUGAGCGUUCCCUAGAGUUUAGUUCAAAGGUAUAUGUCCAUGGAUGAGAGUUCAGUUAAUAAUUAGAGGCAAAUUUUAUGGUACCGAAUACUCCUCGUGAUCCUAGUAAGAAGGAAGUACAGUAAAGUUUUUUUCUAGUAAA